AUGGAAGGUCCGUCUAAAAUAAAUACCAAAUCAUCAAUUGAAACGUUAAUCAAAUUGAAAAGUGCGCGCGUGAAAUAUAUAGAUAAAACUGAUCAGAAGUCAGAUGUGAGGAAAGUGUUUAAAGUGCUGGAAGUGGACUCGAAGCAAGUUGACUUUGUCUGGUGCGAAAUUUGUGGUGCUGUUCUUGCCUGGCAUAGCCAAAAAACAGGUACAAAAUCCCUUAAAAGUCAUGCCGACUCUCAUUCGCGGAAGCGUGGUGAAAGUGCAUCAGGUUCAGGUUUACAACCUAAAAUAACAGCUUUCAACAAGCCGGCCAACAUCCCGAAAAAAGAAGUCGUACGAGUUAACCAGGUUAUUGCUCGAGGGCUAGCGGGUGAUUUACUACCGUUUCGUUCUGUAGAAGGAAUCGGUUUCCAAAGUAUUUGCCAAGAAAUGUUAAACCUCGGAGCGAAAUUUGGACCACUGCAAGUGUCGGAUGUUAUUCAAAGCCGCCAUACCAUAAAAAGAACCCGGCUUGUGGAGGUCAGCGAUGAAAUUUUGGCUAAUUUGAAGCAUAACAUCGCGCAAGCUGCAUCAUUUCCAAGAAUUUGCUUUACCUUCGACUUAUGGGCAGAUAAAUACUAG